AUAUAACGGUAUGUGUUCGAGUAAGCUGAGAAAAACCAAAGACACGAAGAAAAGCAACAAGGUUGCAGUGACAAACACGCACAACUAAGUAACAACAUUACAAAAAGUGCUGGUUGUGUGUGUCUCUGUCAAAUCAAAAACAAAAACAUGGUUAAUGUAAAUCAUUCCCCUUCCCCUGCUACCUUCUGGACUCAAGCAAACGCACUUCUGAGAAAUAAUUUAACCUUCCAGAAACGGAACAAGAAGGCGAACAUUCGGUUGAUUCUAUUCCCAUUGAUCCUUUGCAUCUUACUGGUUCUCCUUCAAUAUGUAAUCGACACUCAAUUGGAUAAACCAAAGUUUAAAUGCGGUUGCGAAUGUCCUAAGAGCGAUAUAUGUGAUGAAUCAGAGAAGGUUUGUGGGGUGGAGUAUUCCGAUGAGACUCAACUUGUUACAUGUGCGAUUCCUAAUCCAACUGAAUGGCCUCCUCUCUUGCAACUUUCUCAAGGGAAAUGGUAUCCAGCUGUUUUUACCACGCUCUUCACCGCCCAAAAUCACUCCUUUGGACAGAUUGUGUCUAACAAUAUGUUUCCAAGUAACUUCACCAUGGAUUUAUCUGAUAUCAAGGGUAGUUUGGCUUUAAAUGUGCUGGGAUCCGAAUCAUUGGCCGAGGACAACAAUUUUAUUGAACCUGCUUUCACUUCGGAGCUUCCCAUUUAUAAUCUACAAACUCAGUGCCCUCAGGACAACAUUGCAUUCCCAGCUCAGUUCCAGAUAGGAGGCGGUAAUGAACAGGAAGAUACACACACAUUUCCAAUAGAGAUAGGAGGCAGGGCAUUGACUAAAGAAAUCAAAUGUGCCAAUGGUAUAAAUUUAUGGCGUAACAGUUCUUCUGAUAUCAAUGAUGAGAUAUAUAAAGGUUAUCAAAGUGAUGACCCAGAAGGACAGAUCAAUGAUAUAGUUUCAGCUUUUGAUUUUCUAAAUUCAAAUGAGGAUGCAUUCAAUGUCACUGUAUGGUACAAAUCAACCUUCAAAGGCAGCAACAAUUUUGGUCCUACUCCAUUGUUGCGGAUUCCUCGUUCCAUAAAUCUGAUAUCAAAUGCCUACUUACAGUUUCUACGUGGACCCGGUACCAAAAUGUUAUUUGAGUUUGUAAAGGAAAUGCCAAAAUCUGCAACCCCAAUUAAGAUUGAGAUAGCGUCUCUUCUGGGCAGUCUGUUCUUUACAUGGGUCGUUCUGCAACUUUUUCCAGUUGUUCUGACAGCACUGGUUUAUGAGAAGCAACAAAAAUUAAGAAUCAUGAUGAAAAUGCAUGGUCUUGGUGAUGGGCCAUAUUGGAUGAUUUCAUAUGGUUUUUUUCUUGCCUUAUCAGUGAUCUACAUGGUUUGUUUUGUGCUAUUUGGCUCAGUCUUAGGAUUAAAAUUCUUCACGUUGAAUGACUACAGCAUCCAAUUCGUGUUUUAUUUCAUCUAUGUAAACUUACAAAUUUCACUGGCAUUUUUGUUGGCUUCCUUUUUUUCAAAUGUUAAGACUGCUACAGUAACUGCAUAUAUAAGCGUCUUUGGAACUGGUCUAUUAGCUGGCUUUCUUUUCCAAUUUUUUAUUCAAGAUUCAUCAUUUCCAAGAGGGUGGAUCAUUUGUAUGGAGUUGUAUCCUGGGUUUGCUUUGUAUCGUGGGUUGUAUGAGUUUGCACAGUAUGCCGUCAGUGGCAGUCAUUCGGGAACUGAUGGUAUGCGAUGGCAGGAUCUGAGUGAUAGUUCCAAUGGCAUGAAAGAGGUCUUGAUUAUCAUGUCUGCUGAGUGGAUAGUAGUGCUUUUUGUUGCUUAUUACAUCGAUCAAGUAUUGUCAACAGGAACUGGAAAAAGUCCUCUUUUCUUCUUGAAAGGAUUUCAGAAAAAACAUCUUUCACCAUUCAAGAAGCCCGGUUUUCAAGAGCAGGGGUCAAAAGUUUUGGCUCAGAUGGAUAAACCCGAUGUCAUCCGAGAGAGGGAGAAGGUGGAGCAGCUGCUACUUGAACCAACCCUUAAUCAUGCAAUUGUUUGCGACGACCUAAAAAAAUUCUAUCCAGGAAGAGAUGGAAAUCCAGGAAAAUUUGCAGUAAAAGAAUUAUUCCUUGCUGUGCCUAGAGGGGAGUGCUUCGGUAUGCUCGGUCCUAAUGGUGCCGGGAAGACUUCUUUUAUCAGUAUGAUGAUUGGUCUCACAGAGCCAACAUCUGGUGCGGCAUAUGUUGAAGGCCUUGACAUAAGAACUCAUAUGAAUGGAAUAUAUACUAACAUGGGAGUUUGUCCACAGCAUGACUUGCUGUGGGAAACCUUGACUGGUAGAGAGCACCUACUUUUUUAUGGAAGACUUAAAAAUCUUACAGGUUCAGUCUUGACUCAAGCAGUAGAAGAAUCUUUGAAGAGUUUAAACCUUUUCCAUGGAGGGGUUGCUGAUAAACAAGCUGGAAAAUACAGUGGAGGGAUGAAGAGGAGGCUUAGUGUUGCAAUUUCAUUAAUUGGGGACCCCAAAGUUGUUUAUAUGGAUGAGCCAAGUACUGGAUUAGACCCUGCUUCAAGAAAAUGUUUAUGGAAUGUUAUCAAGCUUGCAAAACAGGAUCGUGCAAUCAUUCUGACAACACAUUCUAUGGAAGAGGCAGAGGCCUUAUGCGAUCGAUUAGGAGUAUUUGUAAAUGGUAACUUGCAGUGCAUCGGAAAUCCAAAGGAGCUAAAAGCCAGAUAUGGAGGAACUUAUGUGUUGACAAUGACAACAUCUUCGGAUCGCGAGAAGGAUGUAGAGAACAUGGUACAACAGCUCUCUCCAAAUGCCAACAAGAUAUACCGUCUUUCUGGAACUCAGAAAUUUGAGCUGCCAAAAGAGGAUGUUAAAAUAGCAAAUGUAUUCCAAGCUGUUGAAAUUGCAAAAAGAAACUUCACUGUUUUUGCAUGGGGUUUAGCAGAUACCACAUUAGAAGAUGUCUUCAUUAAGGUAGCACGUGAGGCUCAGGCAUCUGAUACCUUGUCAUAAUUUUUAUCCACUAUUCAAGGUUAAUUAGUAGGCAAAUGCUAACGACCACCCUUAGUACACUAUAGUCUACAUGAAGUGUACAAAUUCAAGCGUUGGAGUAACCAAGUUAAAUUAAUAUGAAGUAACAAAUGGUUAGAUUAGAUGGUAAAAUAGUCUAUAUAUACGAAAUACAUGUUAAUUCAUAUUUGAUAAGCCUUAAUGUUAUCUCUACGAUUUAUAUUUUCAAAUUUUAAAUUGGGGUUUGUUUGGAAAUUAGGAGGGUAUGAGAUGGGAGGGGUUUGAGUUUAUGUGUUUAUUGAUAGACAAGUGAGUCUUUAAUGAAUAAUAAAGGGAGAAUUUUAAAAUAUUUGUUA